CAGGCAGAGUUUAAAAAAAAUCAGAGACUUACGGACAUAUUCCAGCCCAAUCACAGCAAUCGAAAUGUCGUCGACGGCAACAUCCGCUGUCAGACCUACCCUUCUUCGAGUCGUGGACCAAAAUAAAAGCUCGGGGCUUGCUGAUGACGAUUACUAUAUACUCAUACACAUAUCAUGGUAUAGAUACAGAUGUUCCCGCGGUUUCCGGUGGAGAUGCACGGCAUUGAUGGAGGUCCUCCCUGGGCCCCCCGUCCGUCUGCCCUGUGCGACCGCAAUUGCCCUGUGCGAGACGACACCGAGUUUUUUCUGGUUCUCUGAAAGAAAGGGAAAGGAUGGAGGGAAGGAACCGUAUUCUGGCGUCAUGUGUACGGUAUGGAUGAUUUGCAUGUUUUCUCAUCAUCAUGUUGUUCCGUCCGUGUUGCUGCUCGCUGUCCCCGGCCGGGGGAUCUCCGUCUGCUCGACUCUGGAUAUUGGAAUGCAGAGACCAGGUGUUUACAGCAUUGAUCUGUCGUCGCCUCACGGUAUCCUCCUGGACAGACUGCCUGCUUUUGACGCCAACCAAGCACGCACCCGCGACACCACACGACCGCGGAAGUCCUCGCUGUCAUAUGUCAAAUGUCAUUCACGGCAGCUACAUCGGCAGCUCUGCAGCAUCUACACGAGCGCCAUUCAAUGAGGUAGGUGGAGUGUAUCCUGAAGACAGAGACGGGCGGGUAUUUAGCAUUUCCACCCAAUACAGGCUCAAACGAUAGACGCCAUGUAUGGACGAAGUUUAAUAUCUGCCGCGUCGAGGCGGGCAGGCAGGCCACACACAUGCUACAGGCAGAUCGUGGGCUGGGGAGGGGGACUUGUACUACGAUGAAGAGACUUUAUCAAGAGUGUCCGAGGUUUGUG